AUGGCGACUCGUCCACCAAUGCUUUCCUAUUUCUGUCAUUCAUGUGGACAUCGAGGAACCAGUGCGGUAUGCCGAUACUGUGGAGGAAUGGACAAGACUACGGUCACUGACAUACCUCCUACGAUGGACUAUGACUACGUUGAUGAUGAUGACGAGGAAGAGGAAGAAGAAGACGAUGACCUUGAGGACUUCAUGGGCUCACCGCAAGGCAGUAGGCCCCUCAUGGUCGAGAGUGUCACAGUUAUGCCUGCACCGAGUUCACGUUGUCAGACAGCCCAGCCAGGGCAUCGGAAUGGACGUCGAGGGGCGAGUGGUGGUGGUCGAUUUGUGAUGGCCCCGAACAUCAUUGAGGAGGAGCCAGGCUCGGAUGGAGAUGAUAUCCCCUCGGUGCGGAGGUCAGGGAGCGUCAAAGGGGGCGGCAAGGCAGUGUGCUCGGCCAUGUUGGAAUCACUAGAGAGGGAACGGGUCCAUAUCUCACCAGCGGACUAUGAAGUCCUUCGGGAAGAUCUGGCUAUGGAGGGCGGUCGCUACUGUGCAAUAUGCGCUGAUGAGGAUGAUGACCCAGAUCCCUUCACUGACCUGCCUUGCGGCCAUGAGUUCCAUCUGGACUGUGUGAAGCUGUGGUUGACGAACAAUGCUUGCUGUCCAUUGUGUCGCUUUGAACUGCCUCAGACAGAUGUUGACUAUUACCGCAUGGUUGGAGACGACCUCAUGGUUCGUCUUCUGGAGCAGCAGCAGCAUCACUACGAGAUCAGGGAGGAGUCCAAGAGGCGGCAACACGCUCGAAAGGUCCACUUAGCACUACUACGAGGCUGUCCUCUGCACGUUGGCGUACGAUGCGCCCGCUGCGAGAUGACUCCUAUUAUAGGCUCUACCCGAUACAGGUGGGGCCAUGGGAGCUUGUUUAGGAUCUACUCAACUGCUUAG